AUGCCUCGAGACCCUCUGAUCGGCCUGGUGGGAAAACCGUCCUCUGGCAAAUCCACCACAUUAAACAGGCCCAACUAUGGCGCCUGCGUGAAUGGCAAGAGAUCGGUCCCGAUCGAACUUCUCGAUGUUGCAGGGUUAGUACCCGGCGCUCACGAAGGCAAAGGGUUGGGCAACAAGUUUCUGGACGACCUGCGCCAUGCGGAUGCUCUUAUUCACGUGGUCGAUGUGAGCGGAACAACCGAUGCCGAGGGGAAAGCAACACGUGGCUACGACCCCAGCGUAGAUGUCGAAUGGCUGCGCGGAGAGAUUGUGAGAUGGAUCUUGGGCAAUCUCAUGGAGAAAUGGGGGAGUAUCAAGAGACGACAUGUCGCGGUCAAGGCGUCGCCAGUGGACACACUGCAAAGCCAGUUCUCUGGGUAUGGCAGUACUAGCUCGAUCGUGGCAAGGUGUCUGGACAAACUACAAUUGAAGGAACCGCUGGAGGACUGGAGCAACGAAACCAUCCUGAAAGUCGUCAACACUUUUACCGACGAGAAGUUCCCCACGGUGCUCGCCCUCAACAAGAUCGACCAUCCGGACGCGGAUCGAAAUAUAGCCAAGAUCGCCAAACAACAACCGGCGGACAAGAUCGUUCUGUGUAGUGCCAUAUCAGAAGUGUUUCUCCGUCGACUCGCCAAACAGGGGUAUAUCAGAUACAAAGAAGGCUCGGAGUACUUGGACACGCGGGAGGAUCUGAUCGAACAAGGAGACCCGGACGGAGGAGGCCUUAAGGAAAUGGACGACAAGUUGAAGCAACGUAUUGAAAACCUCAAGGACAUGGUUUUAUACCGGUUCGGAAGUACGGGGGUGGUCCAGGUCUUGACGCGCGCAGCAGAGAUGUUGGGCCUUGUCCCUGUGUUUCCUGUCAAGAACAUCCACACUUACGGCUCUGGGGCGUCCGGCUCCACGGCGGUGUUCCGAGAUUGCGUCUUGGUGAAGAAGGGCAGCACGGUGGCUGACGUGGCGAGGAAAGUCAUGGGCGACGCUCCUAUUGCCUUUAUCGAAGGGGAUGGUGGACGGCGAGUGGCGGAAGACCAGGUCGUAAGUGUGGGCAAGAACGAUAUCCUGUCUUUUCACGUUGGGCGGUGA